AUCAGAUUUGGCGACCCGUUGGAUUUGAUGCUCACUGGUCAUCUUUGAGCCCAAACGGAAGGAAGCACAAGCAAGGUAGGAUCAUCGGUACGGUGUACGGUAUGGUACCAGCAGGCUCGGCUAAGGAGGAAUCUAUCCGACGAGGGAUCAAUCAGUGAUCUCUUGGUUGCCCAUAGUUCAGGCUUUGAAGAGGAAUUCCUGAAUUGGCGGUACCAAAGAAAUAGGCGGUACCAAAGAACAAAUACAUCCAUCCAUCCAUCAAAUACUAGAAGAGUUGAGAACAACAUGUGUUUCUGGUGCUGCUGUGGUGGUGGCGGAUCCAAACCGACCAAGGAUUCGGACGUGAUGACCGAAGAAGAUUUCCAAAUAGCAAAGUUGGAAGAACAACGCCUCAAGGCUCCCUUGACGGCGGAAGAAGAAAAGGACUAUGACAAUUUGAUUUACAUUGCUCAGAAACGCGAAAUUCGUGUUACUAUUCAAAAGAGUACACAGGCUGGAUUGGCGGCCGGAUUGUGUGUCAUGGGAGGUACCCUGGUGGCAGGUCCUGUCGGUGCCGUGGUGGGCGGUCUGACCGGUACCGCCAUUGCUGCCUCGAUUGCCAAGGAAGUGGUCAGUUUGAACGAUUUGUUGGCCAAGACACCCAUGAACAAGCGAGGAGAAGUCUAUCGUGUCUUUAACGAUGCCAUGCGCGAAGAAUUCCAAGAGGGAUUCACGGAGAAUCCGGAAUUGCGAUUGUUACUGAGUGGUGGAACACCCGUGAGUGUCAUGCGGUACGCACUGGAUCGGGAUCUCAUUGAGAAUGAAAAGUUGGAGAAACUGGAUAUGAUUUUGCGAAAGGUCAAAUAGAAAAAUGGAUUACACGGCAAUAUGUGAAGGACGCGAGAGCAGAAGAUGAAGCAGUGUGUGGUGACAGUCUGGAUUUUGUGGAGGUGUAUGGUACCCUUGUGCAAGCGAAAAGACAGGUUCUAGUUUCGCAAGAGAGUGUGAAAGGGCAUCUUGGCGGUAUCCUUUUUACUCAUUCAUGUAUUAUGCAUAAUCAACAAUCAAUAAAUAGUUGUGAACAAGC